GUGCCGAGGGGUUAUAUUUAGAAAAGUGGGGAGUGUCCCCAGGGCGUGGGCCGUUAUUCUGAGGGGCGCGGGCGUGGUGCGGAGGAAGAAGCUUCAUCCUUGGCGAAUGGGCGCCGGCACUGAGGGACCAGGGCCCUGGGGCGGCCUGCGGGAGCUACCCAGAGUGGGGAGGAGCUUGAAGCCCUUUUGGCGGAGACGGGGAGGCCUGCACUGGCCGGAAUUGAUUUAAAUGUGGUCAUGCUUCAGGAAUCCAAAGUUUAUUAUAUGAAUACCAGUCAACAAUCCUGUUAUAAAAAUGUGCUGAUCCCAAAGUGGCAUGAUAUAUGGACACAGAUCCAGAUUCGGGUAAAUAGUUCCAAACUGGUCCGAGUCACCCAGGUGGAGAAUGAGGAGAAACUGAAGGAGCUAGAGCAGUUCAGUAUCUGGAACUUUUUUUCCUCCUUUUUGAAAGAGAAAUUGAAUGACACCUAUGUUAACGUGGGUCUGUACAGCACAAAAACCUGCCUCAAAGUUGAGAUUUUAGAGGAAGACACCAAGUACAGUGUCAUUGUGACCCGGAGAUUUGACCCCAAACUCUUCCUCAUUUUUCUCCUUGGACUUAUUCUAUUUUUUUGUGGUGACUUGCUGAGCAGAAGUCAAAUCUUCUACUAUUCCACUGGGAUGAGUGUGGGAAUUGUGGCCUCUUUACUAAUCAUCAUUUUUAUGCUGUCCAAGUUUAUGCCCAAGAAAAGUCCCAUUUACAUCAUCCUGGUAGGAGGCUGGUCCUUUUCUCUGUACCUCAUUCAGCUAGUUUUUAAAAAUUUACAGGAGAUCUGGAGAUGUUACUGGCAGUAUCUUUUAAGCUAUGUCCUUGCAGUUGGAUUCAUGAGUUUUGCAGUCUGUUACAAGUAUGGGCCCUUGGAGAAUGAACGAAGUAUCAACCUGCUGACUUGGACCUUGCAGCUGAUGGGCUUAUGUUUCAUGUAUUCCGGUAUCCAGAUACCACACAUUGCCCUUGCCAUUAUCAUCAUUGCACUGUGUACUAAGAGCCUGGAGUACCCUAUUCACUGGCUGUACAUCACCUACAGAAAGAUGUGUAAUGCAACAGAAAAGACUGUGCCCCCUCGUCUUCUGACAGAAGAAGAAUAUCGGAUACAAGGAGAGGUAGAGACCCGAAAGGCUUUAGAGAAGCUUAGAGAAUACUGCAACAGUCCAGACUGCUCGGCUUGGAAGACUGUUUCUCGAAUCCAGUCUCCAAAAAGAUUUGCUGACUUUGUGGAAGGAUCUUUCCACCUCACACCAAAUGAAGUUUCUGUCCAUGAGCAGGAGUAUGGGUUAGAGAGCAUUAUUGCCCAGGAUGAACUCUAUGAAGAAACAUUCUCUGAGGAGGAGGACUCAGAUUCUCGGUACCCCCCCAUCACACAACAGAACAGCUUGUUGACUUAGGUGGUCGUCAGUUAUUUUUAUGUGGAUUGGCUUGUUACCUCAAUGGUCCAGGUUGCAUGUGUUGCGCAAUUGCUUCUCAAAUCUUGGAAAUAGGGUGAGAUAGUGCUGAAAUUCUCCCGCUGAAAUUAGAGGCCUGAGUAGACCUCCCUCUGGAAAUGGUCUUGGUGGUCUCUGUGGGGUCCUGAGGAAGCAGAGUGGAUCAAGUAUUGACUGCUUCCCAACACGACCCAUUGGUUAAGUUCUCGGCCCACCUUUAUAUUUCCAAAGAAACUGGAUUGCCACAGCUAGCAUGGCAUUCCAGCUCCUCUUUGAAAGUUGAUUCAGUUGUGGCAUUUCAAACUCAGAAGUGAUAACUUAUAUGUGAAGUAAUGCUUUCAGACUAUAGGCUGCAUCUUUCAGAGACAAAUCCACAAAUCUGAGCCUCUUUUACUUCUGCUUUUAUUUCAGUGACUUUAGCAUAAUCCUUGUUUUAACUGUUUUAAGAGGAAAAUAGAUUAUUAUUUGUCUGUCUUGUUUUUUAAGUGAAUGCAUUUUAAAAAAAUGUGACAAACUCGUUCCAGAGCCAGCAAGUGCUCCAGAGUGACAAGCCCCAUAGGCCCCUACGUAUUUAUUAAUAUGGAUUAUCCAUUAAAGCCCAAGGAGUGUUGUGCUGAGCUUUGGAUUAGUUCUCACACCUAUGAUAUUCUAAGUCCUGCCUGCAGGCCUUUCUGUAGAUGAGGUCUGUUGGGGUUUUUAUUAUAUUUAACUUUCAAUUCUAUUUUAAAAAUAGGUUUGCAUUCUUCCCUUCUAAGUCCUUGUUGCCCCCUUUGCCCUUUCAGGAAGGGUCUAUUCCCUCACCUCUGAAGUAUGUACAUUUCAGUUUGUUUCAUUUCUUAUAUUCUCUUCCCUUUGGUUUAUAAUAGCAUUGUUUCUGCUGGUUAGGAGAAGUGAUCUUAUUUAGGGAACUUAAAUGCUUUUUAAGGUUCUCCAUUUUUCCUGUCAGUGGGUCACAUAUCUUUGAAUUGCUGUGGGAUCAAGAAACUAUCUCCUUUUCCUUUCCCUUCCUUUGUCUACCCAUUCUACCUAUUCUUUUCAGCCUUUCCAUACCACCUGUAUCCCUCCCCACCUGAAGUCUGGCUAAUUUGUGAGCCUGAAACUAUCUAUGAAGGUUCUUGAUACAAUAUACACGUUGUAGCUAUGUGGCUGCCGCAAUUUGCAUUGUCAGGAGAUAGACCUCCAGAUAAUCCUUAUGCCUCUGGGUGCUUGUUCAGCCAUCAGGAGCAGAUGCACUUUUCUAUGAACUUAUUGUACUUAUUUGCAAUUCCAUUUCUGACCAGAGGUUCAUGCUGCCUUUUAUCACAGUGGCAUUGGUUUCACUUUCUUUUGCCAUUGGAAAGUACCCUUAUAAACAAGCAGUGCCAUUUAUGAGGGAGCAAAUUCCCAAGUCUCUUGUCAUUCGCUUGGUUCUGUCUCUGUGAUCUUCACCCUCGUACCUUGGAAAAAGCUAUAAUUACUUUAUUCAGGAAGAUAGACACUGAUGGCAGGAGCACAGCAUUGGACUGACUGGCUUACCAUGAUCAUGGGGAAGGCAGAUGAUUUUUUAAAAAGCUAUAAUGAGGGCUUUCCUGGUGGCGCAGUGGUUGAGAAUCUGCCUGCCAAUGCAGGGGACACGGGUUCGAGCCCUGGGCUGGGAAGAUCCCACAUGCCACGGAGCAACUAGGCCCGUGAGCCACAAUUACUGAGCCUGCGCGUCUGGAGCCUGUGCUCCGCAACAAGAGAGGCCGCGAUGAGGCCCGCGCACCGCGAUGAAGAGUGGCCCCCACUUGCCGCAACUAGAGAAAGCCCUCGCACAGAAACGAAGACCCAACACAGCCAUAAAUAAAUAAAUAAAUAAAAUGUUAUAUAAACAAAUAAUUAAAAAAAAAAAAAAAAAAAGCUAUAAUGACUCCUUCAGACCAGCCAUUAACAGAUAAUGUUGAAAGGUUCUGGACUCCGUUACAGACUUCCAAAAUGUCAGUUCUGAGAUUCCCCUCCAGGUGGCCAGUUGAUUUUUUUCUGCCAGUGUUUCCCACAGCUUUAAACUGUCCUAAACUGACAACUACCUCAGUUGGCAGCAAAUAGACAUAUAGCAGAAAGUGAAAAAUAAGCAGUAUUUGGACAGAUGCCAUGGGUUAAAGUUGAUUUAUAUUAGGAAACCUUUCUAUCUUUGUGAAUUAUGUACAUGGUAACAUUUUAUCUCUCUACAAAGAACUGUUAAGACCUCUGAAAUUUACUAUUUUUUGCCUUAUUAAUAGAAAUCGAGACUUAGCAUAUUGGAGCCUAAGCUGAUUCGAAAAAAUAAUUUGGCUGUACAAAUGGUCUCAGGAUUCCCUGGAGACUUUGGUGCCUUCCCCAUAUAACUACUUAGGGACAUGGUUGCUUGCCUCCAGUGUGACUUUUCCUGACUCAUGUCUUUAUUUCAGCGAGAAAGCAUUGUGAAGUAGAGAAAGAUUCUUGUCUUUUUCUGUUUAGUAAACCCCUUGUGAUAUACAGUUUCCAUCUCAAGAUGAGUUUUUCUCACUGUGUUUGAAUUUGGGAUGAGUAAAAUCAAACUCGGUUUAUUACUCCCUGUCUGGUAGUUGGAGAACUGAGCUGUAGGCAGUGGCAAUGACAAUGGGUCCUGCAGCAUGAGAGCUGCUCUCAGACAGUGAAGGACGGUGCCUCUGGUGUGCUGUGUGUCCUUGCCCUGUCUUCCUGUGUGGCUCUGCCCCAGAUGCUUCAGAGCCUCUGUGUGCCUGGAGAUUGCUUGACUCCGUAAACCUUCUUUAGGAGCUGUUCUUGUCUCCCUUUUGGCCACUUAGUCUGCUGGCUCAGUCACUACUUGAAGCCCCCAUUUAAUUUUCAGUUACAGCUCUUGCAGUUUCAGCAUAGUCUCGUCUCUCAGACCGAUCUCAUCAAGAAGGAUUGAAAGGAUAACUGCGGAGUGAGCUGGACAUUGGAGCCACGUCUGCUGCCAUUUCAGCAUCUUGCUCGGCAAAUAUCAAGCUAUAAAUUGGCCCUAGAGCUCAGGGUCCCAUCAGCAUCAGAAAUCUAUUGCCCCUAAUGGGUCCGACCAAGUUGUGUAGAGCAUGACUCCCAUUAAUGGGAAUACAAGAGCCAACUGGCCUAAAACAUUUCCCCUUCACUUUCCCACUCAGAUUACUUUCAGAAGACCUGUGGAACCAAUGACUGAUAAUAAGGAAAAUUUAGCAACUUUGAUAUCUUCUAAUAAGAAAUUCCUAUCAGCCACUUCAUCCCACCAAAACUAGUUUAUUUCUCCCCCCAAAUUCAUGACCUUUAUGUUGGUUACGGGAUUUUGCUGAUGAUAGACUUUGAGUCCCAGUGUUCCAUUUUGUGCUAAUACAUCCCAUUUUAGGGCCUAGCCCUCUCUUCAUUGACUGUGUUUCCUUCAACCCAAUCCCCACUUUGCAUAUACAAUAGAGAGUUGAUGAAUGAAAGGACCCAAAUAGGCCAGGUAGUUCCCCCAGGCCCUGAUAUCCAUAAAAGGCUUGGGAAUGGAUUAUGCAGUUGCCCUCAAUCUUUUUGUUGUUCCAGAAAAAACGAUGGGCUCAGAUGGAUGCCUACGUAAAAAUGGUUCCUAGCUAUGUACUCAUAACUUUUCUCUGAAUUGAGUAGUGAAAGUUGAAGUACGAGAAAAGGAAAUUAAAUGUCCUUCUAGUAUUCCUUUGGACUCAGGUCUGACAUAAGAGAUAAUAAUCUAUAUUGAAAUGCCAAGAAUUUUAUCUGAACCAAGGAGAGGACAGUUUGACAGAUUUAUUAUGCCUUCAUGUUACAUAGGCACUGAAACCAAGUAAUAAACAUAAAAUAGCCAUUGCACAAGGCAAAUGCACCUAAAACCUUUUGUUUAUGUUUUGAUGUAGCAGAAAUUGAUUUUUAGGGAAACCUAUGCAAUUGUGGUGUUCCAGGGGUAUCUCUUGGUAACUUAGCUUAUGGAUUCAGUUGCUGUUGAGUUGGAUUCUAGACAGUUAUUACCCUGAAAAGGGAGUUUGGUGCCUUAUAUGAUGGGAGCCAGAGCCUGCUGGGAAUAAACAAAGCGGAUUCACACCAGUGUCAAUACACAGCUUUAGUGGGGAAGGGAAUGGCACACAGUAUCCCCAAAUUUGGGGCUUUUGUCUCCCAUACCGCCCGCCUAUGUGUCUCAUCUUCCUUUUCACACUCUUGACAAUAACUUGAAAAUGGUGAAACCACCUUCUCUGAAAUUUUCUACAGCAUGGACAACAUUCUUUUCUUAUUAACAUAAUAGAUAGCUCAUAAUUUGAGUGUUAGAACUGUUACAGCCUGCAGUUGCCUCCCUUUAUCAAGUUUCUAGAAUUGAUGGUGAAAUAGGGAGUUACUGGGUAAGUUUUAGCCUGUGGGUAAUGCCUUAGUGUUAUUUUUAAAAGAUUGGUCAUUUAUAUUUAAAAUAAGUUCAUGAAUGUUUGAAAGCAACAAAAUGAUCAGGGAUGACUCUUUGCCAUGGGUCUCACUUUCACUUUCCUGUAAGAAAAGACGACGUCUUAUUAUAUAUUUUUUCAUUUUUAUUGUACAAGUUUGUAAGUAAUCCCAAUUUUAAUAAAGUUUUAUAGACUAUA